ACACACACACACAUACACACACACUUAUCAAGCCGUCAUUUCACCACUCCCUCCAUACAUUCCCGUCAAGCGUCUUCCAGUGUCCAGUUUGUCAGUCUGCGGGUGAAGCGACAUGGGGAGACUGUUGCUGCUGGGGGUGACGGCCUUCUGUCUCUGUGUGUUUGUCGGCGCUGACACACAACCCGACCGACAGGAAGACAAAUCUCUCCCAGAGAAGGAUGGAGUUUUGCAGUUGAAGAAGGGAAAUUUCAGGAGGGCGCUGAGACAACAUAAGCAGCUGCUGGUGCACUUCUAUGUUCCUCUAACUGGAGACGGCCUUCGUAUAUCAGCAGCGUUUGAAGGAGCUGCUGCAGAGCUUCAGGGGUCAGAGGUCAAACUGGCAGUGAUUGAUAUAGCACAGGAGAAGGACCUGGCUAAAGAACUCAAUGCGACAGGCUUCCCAGACAUCAGGCUGUACCUCUCUGGAGAUAAAAACAAGCCUGUGCAGUGCCCAGUUCCUGAGAGCUCAUCUUCCAUUGUGACCUGGCUAAAAAGGAGAGCGGGGUCUGCUGCCGAUCUCAUCGCUGAUCUUAGUGAAAUAGAGGCCUUGGAGGAGCUGCAAGUGGUCGGAUUCUUCAAGGAGCUGAACAGCGAGUACGUCCAGGUGUUUUAUGAGGCGGCAAUCAACCUUCCUGAUAUCAACUUCUCUGUGACAGAAAACAGUGAAGUCGUCAGCAAAUAUGGUCUCACACAUGAUGUUGUAAUGCUGCUAAAAAAGUCUAAGCUUAUCCAGGCUUACAAAAUGAUGCCUGAGACAUCUAAAGAGGAGCUGAUCAUCUUUAUCACCGUCUACCAGAUGGAUCCAGUCACUGAGUAUACUGGAAAGACAGCCACUCAGAUCUUAACAUCGCCUGUAUUAAACCACGCCAUCCUGUUUGUCAAUAAAAGCUCCGACUUUAAAGACAUCUACUCUGCCUUUAAUAGUGCUGCAGAAGCAUUCAGGCUGAAGAUUUUAUUCGUGUUGGUGAACGUCGAUGAGCCCCGUAACGGCAGGGUGAUGGAAUACUUCAAGGUACGAGAGUUUGAGGCUCCUCUCAUCCGUUUGGUCAACCUGACAGAUCAUGUGACCUACCACCUGCCCUCUGACACUCUGGAUGUAACGACCAUAAAGGAAUUCUGCCAGUCGUACCUCGAUGGCAAUGCCAAGCCAAAACUGCAGAGUGAGCCGAUACCUGAAGGAUGGGACAAGCAGCCGGUGAAGGAGCUGGUGGGAAUGACGCUGGAGAAAGUCGCCUUUAACCCCAACAGGACUGUUUUUGUUAUGUUCUAUCAGCCCUACAGUCAGGAGUCCCGCGCUCUGUUCCCGCUGUGGGAGGAGCUAGCUAAGGCCUACAAAGAGAAAGAGCAUGUGGUCAUUGCUCGCAUGGAUGCCUCAGCCAACGACAUCAACUUGUCGAUGCAGGGACGAUACCCAUCGCUCUGCCUCUUUCCUGCUCUACAUGCAGAGAGGAUGGUGGUUUACACCGGUAAGCCGGCGCUGAAGGACCUGGUUAAGUUUGUCAAUAAAGAGAUGGAGAAAGCCAAAAAAUACAGAGUUCAGGAGGAUAAAGACAGGAAGAAGUACAUCGAGGCUGCAAAAGCUGAAGAGGCAAAAAAGGCUGAGGAAAAUAAAGAUGAGCUUUAAUGCACGAAAAAAGAUAGUACAGAGUGUGUGUGUGUGUGUGUGUGUGUGUG